AUGUAUGUUGCCGCGACACAUGACAGUGACUGUGGUAACCAACCCCGGCCCUACUAUGGCAACCAACCUCGGCCCUACUAUGGCAACCAACCCCGGCCCUACUAUGGCAACCAACCCCGGCCCUACUAUGGCAACCAACCCCGGCCCUACUAUGGCAACCAACCCCGGCCCUACUAUGGCAACCAACCCCGGCCCUACUAUGGCAACCAACCCCGGCCCUACUAUGGCAACCAACCCCGGCCCUACUAUGGCAACCAACCAACCCCGCCCUACUAUGGCAACCAACCCCAGCCCUACUAUGGCAAACCAACCCGGCCCUACUAUGGCAACCAACCCCAGCCCUACUAUGGCAACCAACCCCAGCCCUACUAUGGCAACCAACCCCAGCCCUACUAUGGCAACCAACCCCAGCCCUACUAUGGCAACCAACCCCAGCCCUACUAUGGCAACCAACCCCGGCCCUACUAUGGCAACCAACCCCGGCCCUACUAUGGCAACCAACCCCGGCCCUACUAUGGCAACCAACCCCGGCCCUACUAUGGCAACCAACCCCAGCCCUACUAUGGCAACCAACCCCACUAUGGCAACCAACCCCAGCCCUACUAUGGCAACCAACCCCAGCCCUACUAUGGCAACCAACCCCAGCCCUACUAUGGCAACCAACCCCAGCCCUACUAUGGCAACCAACCCCAGCCCUACUAUGGCAACCAACCCCAGCCCUACUAUGGCAACCAACCCCAGCCCUACUAUGGCAACCAACCCCAGCCCUACUAUGGCAACCAACCUCAGCCCUACUAUGGCAACCAACCUCAGCCCUACUAUGGCAACCAACCUCAGCCCUACUAUGGCAACCAACCUCAGCCCUACUAUGGCAACCAACCUCAGCCCUACUAUGCCUACUAUGGCAACCAACCUCAGCCCUACUAUGGCAACCAACCUCAGCCCUACUAUGGCAACCAACCUCAGCCCUACUAUGGCAACCAACCUCAGCCCUACUAUGGCAACCAACCUCAGCCCUACUAUGGCAACCAACCUCAGCCCUACUAUGGCAACCAACCUCAGCCCUACCAACCUCAGCCCUACUAUGGCAACCAACCUCAGCCCUACUAUGGCAACCAACCUCAGCCCUACUAUGGCAACCAACCUCAGCCCUACUAUGGCAACCAACCUCAGCCCUACUAUGGCAACCAACCUCAGCCCUACUAUGGCAGCCAACCUCAGCCCUACUAUGGCAACCAACCUCAGCCCUACUAUGGCAACCAACCUCAGCCCUACUAUGGCAACCAACCUCAGCCCUACUAUGGCAACCAACCUCAGCCCUACUAUGGCAACCAACCUCAGCCCUACUAUGGCAACCAACCUCAGCCCUACUAUGGCAACCAACCUCAGCCCUACUAUGGCAACCAACCUCAGCCCUACUAUGGCAACCAACCUCAGCCCUACUAUGGCAACCAACCUCAGCCCUACUAUGGCAACCAACCUCAGCCCUACUAUGGCAACCAACCUCAGCCCUACUAUGGCAACCAACCUCAGCCCUACUAUGGCAACCAACCCCAGCCCUACUAUGGCAACCAACCCCAGCCCUACUAUGGCAACCAACCUCAGCCCUACUAUGGCAACCAACCUCAGCCCUACUAUGGCAACCAACCUCAGCCCUACUAUGGCAACCAACCCCAGCCCUACUAUGCCAACCUCAGCCCUAUCCGUCGCUCCUGUACCACAGACUGA